AUGGAUGACGAUAAGAGUAACAGCAUGCCGGCGGAUGAUUUCCACGCGGCUUUGUCCAUGCUGGACGAUCCGCUGCUUGAUGCCGGACCGGUAACUAUUCUUUAUUUUUUUUUAUUGUGUUUAGAACGUUUCUUUCAAGUUCUAUUCGUUUAGAGCACUGCAGACAUCCCAGCUGAAGGGCUUAUACCAUCGGAAAUCAGUCUCUCAGAUGAACCGUCCACUUCGAAAGCAACGGACGACGACUUUGCUGUUCCGAAACUUCCAAAGAAACCCAAACGUGCGGAAGAAGAGAAGGAUAAGGUAUCAACUCCGGAAGAUAGCGAUGACGAGCCGGAGAUCACAUCCGAAGCCAAAGAGGACGAGGCCCAUCGGUUGAAAAUGCAGGUUGUUUUGUCCAACUUCAGUCAAGAACAACUUGAGCGCUAUGAGGCGAUGAGAAGAGCCAGUUUCCCAAAGAGUGUGAUCAAAAGAGUAGGCCAAUGUUUUAUAUUUUCUACUAAUAAUUUUAGCUCUGUCAUCAAUAUACUGGGGUCCCUAUCAGUCAAAAUGUAACCAUCGCCAUCGCUGGAAUGGCCAAGGUCUUUGUUGGUGAACUUAUUGAAGAAGGUAGGUAACUUUAUAUAUUUUGUUUCUAUUUUUAGCGUUGGAUGUGAAGCAAUCUCUCGGUGAUACUGGACCUUUAUCUCCAAGACAUUUGAAUCUGGCGUACUCUCAGUUAGAGGCAGAAGGGAAGCUGUUUCCCAUCAAACCUCGAAAGAACCCCUUGUUAUGA